AUGAGCAUGUUCUCAAAACUCCCGUGGAGCUCAGGCGGCGAGCAACAACAGCAACAUGAAGAGGAGCAGUCGCUCACAUCGGUGUUGCCGACACCACAAGCACGAAGCGACCUUACCUUGCUUGUCGCCAAUUGCACCGAGACGAUGAGAAAGGGCAUCACCGAUACUUUCGACCCAGACCAGGUCGGAAAGAUGGAAGACAUGAUGUCGAAGCUUAAGGUGGAUGAGACCGCUCAGCAAUCCGACAACACGAAUGUCGCAGCCACCGAGGAAGAGAAGAAACGAGCAGAGGAAAAGAGGAAACAAGACGAAGAGAGAGCGAGAAGAGAGCAGGCAGAAAGGGAAAAGGAACUGAGUGGACCCAAGAUGCAGGAAUUACAGAAAGCCGCGUUACAGCACUUUGACGACUGGCGCGAUUCUGUCCUGCUGCGUAUUGGAGAAGUCGUCAACCAACGCGAGGAGGCUGUGUCUCAAAAGAAAGAAGCGCAUGCGCAGACAUCCCGCGUACCACCUAAAAAGGCACCCGAAACAUCCAGAUACGACGAAGGUGUCAGCAAGGCACUCAAGGAGUUGUGUCCACCCACAGAGACCCCGCUGGCGAAGCUCGAAGAGCAGCAUCGUGCUUUGAUCCUUCAUUCAGUCUUACUCUUGCUGCUGAGCCUCGAACACUACUCGGCCUACUCACGUGUGCUUCUUCUGCACUUGACCAGUAGUUUGAACCUGUCUACCAGCUUCUUGGCCGAUGACGAAAACAAGAUUGCCCGCGGAUUGCUGUCUGCUGCCGAGAUGAAGGCUGACGACGAAACAAAGAAGAAGCAGGAAGACAACCAGGGCUCGAGGAAAUGGAAGGUCGGUCUGGCAUCAGUAGCGGGAGCAGCGCUCAUUGGAGUUACUGGAGGUCUGGCAGCGCCUCUUGUAGCUGCUGGUAUUGGUUCAGUCAUGGGUGGUCUUGGACUUGGAGCAACUGCAGCAGCGGGAUAUCUUGGCACUCUUGCUAGCAGCUCUGUCAUCGUCGGAGGUCUCUUCGGUGCAUACGGCGGUCGCAUGACUGGACAGAUGAUGGACGCAUACGCCAAAGAAGUUGAAGACUUCUCCUUCGUCCCUGUUCGCACAUACCACAAGCCUCGCAAGAUUGACAAAGAGUUUCGUCGUCUACGUGUUGCAAUCGGUAUCUCUGGCUGGCUGACCGAGACCGACGAAGUUGUCGAGCCAUGGAAAGUCAUCGGACCAGAAAUGGAAACCUUUGCCCUUCGCUUCGAACUACAGGCUCUACUCAACCUUGGAAACUCCAUCACGACGAUGAUUCGCUCAGCAGCAUGGGGGUACGCGAAGAGCGAGAUCAUCAAACGAACAAUCUUUGCUUCUAUGACCGCUGCGCUGUGGCCUUUAGGUCUUCUCAAAGUCAGCAGAAUCAUCGACAACCCGUUCAGCGUGGCCAAGUCCCGUGCAGACAAAGCAGGAGAAGUCCUCGCUGACGCUCUCAUCAAUCGCGCACAAGGCGAGCGUCCAGUAACGCUGGUCGGCUACUCUCUCGGCGCUCGUGUCAUUUUUGUCUGUCUGAAAUCUCUGGCUGCAAGAAAAGCGUUCGGACUUGUCGAGAAUGUGGUUCUACUUGGUGCACCUACUCCUUCGACGGCAGCAGACUGGCGUCUGAUGCGUGCAGUCUGCACGGGCAGGGUCGUCAACGUCUACUCGACCUCUGACUAUAUUCUUGGCUUCCUCUACCGCUCCUCGAGCAUUCAAUAUGGUGUCGCAGGUCUGGAACCCGUCUCCUUCGUUCCCGGCGUCCAGAACGUUGAUGUCACUGAUCUUGUUGCUGGAAACCACACGUCAUACCGUUACCUCUGUGGUCGCAUUCUCCGCAAGAUUGGCUUCGAAGACGUUGAUCUCGCAGCUGUUGAGCAAGAAGAAAAGGCAUUGGAAGAAGCUACCAAGGCAGAAAAACAAGAGCGUGAGCAAAACGAAGCCAGUACUAAAGAAGGUGCAAGCUCAGAAGCAGAAGUCAAGGAGAUGGAGGGCAAAGUGCAGCAAAAGAAUGAAGCUUCCAUGAUGGGUUGGUUCAAGGCCGGUGGUGCUUCGGCAUCGAGUGCGGCCAAUCAAGCUAAGAACUGGGUGCAGAAGACUGCUAGCCCAAGAACUGGAGAACAGGGUGCAAGUAAGGAUGUCGGCGGUGCAGCUGGAGCUGUUGGAAGCAGUUUGAUUUGA